CUGCUGGGAGGCGGGCACACCCGCGGGGGUCCCUCCAAGAUGGCGGCGCAGAGGAGGAGCCUGCUGCAGAGUGAGCAGCAGCCCAGCUGGACAGACGACCUGCCGCUCUGCCACCUCUCUGGGGUCGGGUCAGCCUCCAACCGCAGCUACUCUGCUGAUGGCAAGAGCACCGAGAGCCACCCGCCAGAGGACAGCUGGCUCAAGUUCAGGAGUGAGAACAACUGCUUCCUGUACGGGGUCUUCAACGGCUAUGACGGCAACCGGGUGACCAGCUUCGUGGCCCAGCGGCUGUCUGCAGAGCUCCUGCUGGGCCAGCUCAGCGCGGAGCACACCGAGGCGGACGUGCGGCGUGUGCUGCUGCAGGCCUUCGAUGUGGUGGAGAGGAGCUUCCUGGAGUCCAUCGAUGACACAUUGGCUGAGAAGGCGAGCCUCCAGUCCCAGCUGCCGGAGGGUGUCCCUCAGCACCAGCUGCUUCCUCAGUACCAGAAGAUCCUCGAAAGACUCAAGGUGCUGGAGCGGGAGAUUUCGGGAGGAGCCAUGGCCGUCGUGGCGGUCCUUCUCAACAACAAGCUCUACGUCGCCAAUGUCGGUACGAACCGUGCCCUCUUAUGCAAAUCCACGGUGGAUGGGCUGCAGGUGACCCAGCUGAACGUGGACCACACCACGGAGAACGAAGACGAGCUCUUCCGCCUCUCUCAGCUGGGUCUGGAUGCAGGAAAGAUCAAGCAAGUGGGGGUCAUCUGCGGGCAGGAGAGCACCAGGCGCAUCGGGGAUUACAAGGUCAAGUAUGGCUACACUGACGUCGACCUACUGAGCGCUGCCAAGUCCAAGCCUAUCAUCGCGGAGCCUGAGAUCCACGGCGCACAGCCCCUGGAGGGGGUGACCGGCUUCCUGGUGCUGAUGUCCGAGGGGCUGUACAAGGCCCUGGAGGCGGCCCACGGGCCUGGGCAGGCCAACCAGGAGAUCGCCGCCAUGAUCGACACCGAGUUCGCCAAGCAGACCUCCCUGGAUGCGGUGGCCCAGGCCGUGGUGGACCGGGUGAAGCGCAUCCACAGCGACACCUUCGCCAGCGGCGGUGAGCGGGCCAAGUUCUGCCCCAGGCACGAGGACAUGACCUUGCUGGUGAGGAACUUCGGCUACCCGCUGGGCGAGAUGAGCCAGCCCGCGGCGUCCCCGGCCCCAGGAGGACGCGUGUACCCCGUGUCCGUGCCGUACUCCAGCGCCCAGAGCACCAGCAAGACCAGCGUCACCCUCUCCCUCGUCAUGCCCUCCCAGGGCCAGCUGGUCAACGGGGCCCACAGCGCCUCCACCCUGGACGAGGCCACCCCCACCCUCACCAACCAGAGCCCGACCCUGACCCUGCAGUCCACCAGCACGCACACCCAGAGCAGCAGCUCGAGCUCAGACGGGGGCCUCUUCCGCUCCCGGCCUGCCCACUCGCUCCCGCCCGGCGAGGACGGCCGGGUCGAGCCCUACGUGGACUUUGCUGAGUUUUACCGCCUCUGGAGCGUGGACCACGGCGAGCAGAGCGUGAUGACGGCACCGUAGCCCUGACUGGGGAGUGGGGCCCUGAGCAGGACCUUGCAUGGGGACGAGGGGGUCCGGCUCUGGGGCGGGGUGGUCCCUUUCCUGCCACUCGCCUGUGCCGCGGGAGCCAAUGAGUGCCCAGUCCUGAGCCCGCACUGGACUCUCGGCCCACAGUGCUUGGUGCUGCGGAGAACAUUCUCUCAGGGAGCACCAGUGCAGACUUGUCACCGCACAGGGCCCGGAGGCCACUCCCUCGGGCAGGCUCAGCCAGGACCCUCACGGUCUCAGAAGCACGGCUCGGCGCAGGAGCCACGCUGGCCGGUGAGCCUGCCACUCGGGGGAAGUGCGGGAGUUCUCUGUGACCGUGCACGCCAUGAGCCCAGCAGCCUCGGCUUUCUCAAGGCCACCACCUCCCCCUGGAAGAGCCGGUAACCACUGCGAAUGUCCCCUCACCACUGGGCGGUAGUUCCCCCCUUCUCCAGCAUCCAGCGCAGGGCCCUGGUUGGCAUCCGUACCUUCCAAGUCUGCCUGCAUCCCCAGGCCUGCCCGGGGGGUGGGGGGCAGUUCUCAGGGGCAAAUGUUCACGGAGACAUGGGAAGCGUCAGGAGCUUGGGGUGGCUGCACAGGGCAGGUCAAGUGGAAAGGAAUGAAAGGGAACAUUCUGGAGCCCCGGAGGGGCAGGCUGGGCAGGGCUUCAGGAUGCACCCAGACCGAGGAGGACAGGGGCCGCUCUUGUCAGGCCCCUCCAGGCACAGGGAGGCCCUGAAUCGGGGUGAGCUGGCCCUGCUCUGUCUUUCUCUUACCGGCGCUGAGGAAGACCCCAGGCUGGGGAGCCGCUAAAAUUAGCCAUCUUUACCACUGACCAGUCUCUAGCGGCUGUAAGGAAAAAACAGCUCGGGAGUCAGGCCUGAGGGCUCAUUUGAAAGAACGGGGAAGCACGUCCAGAAGGGAAGAGGUUUGGAUACCAGCUGCCGUGGGUGACCCAGGGCUUCAGAGCCACGCGCCGCUUUUACAGACACUAAGUGACAGGCCCAGGCCCUGCAACCACUUCACACGUAUCCUCUGCUGUUGGUGGGCAGAGGCUGCUGCCAAGCUCCUGGGCCUGGAAGGCCACUCCCGCUGGCGGAAGAGGCAGGAGGCUCGCCACUCCCCGGCUCCCGCAGCCGGUGACCACUGAGACCUUUUCCCUGGACUCCUCCUGCCCUGGCACUCAGGGGGGUCAGGGGCCAGUGCCGAGGCCCUGCUCACUCUGCGGGGCAGGGGGGCGCUCCCCUGCGGGCCCGGUGUGCUGCGCUCGGGGGCAGGGGGCAGUUUCCGAGGGGGCCGUGCCCUAGAGGACCAGCGCCUCUCUGCGGGGACCCUGACCUAAGCCGUCUCUGUCCCGCAGGUGGGCAGGUUUAAAGUCUGUCACGAGGGCUUGUGAACAAAGGGCAUUCUUUUCUUGUCAGGCUUCUCGGAAUGGCUCUGUGAUGCUGUUUGGUCUCUAGAAAUAGAAUCCCUCUUUUACCGAAAUAAAGGAAGAAGUACCGGUGGUCUUACCCAAA